AUGCAGCUCGGUGUGUUUUCUGCUUUGCUGCUCUUGGUGGCGGGAGGCUGUUCGGCGCAGAGACCCCAACCAUGCCGUACUCCUCCACUGCUCCAGGGAAAGGUCACUGUGUCGAGUCAAAAGUUAGAGUUUGACAUGAUUGGGAAGUACGUCUACGACGCUAUCGGCCAGCGCAUUCGUAUCGGAGAGAUCGGCCAUGAAAAGAACCAAACGUUCAAUCAGGACUUUCUGCUCCUUUUUAAAGAGGGUGUGAUAUUUGUGAUCGACGAAGCCAAGCAGACGUGUGAGAAACAGAAACUGACCGGUUCAUUCCAGCCCAUGCAGAUCCCGUCCGACGCCAAAUUCUGGGCACAGGUGGUGCUGGGGAGCCUCGCUGGUCCUGGACAGGGUCUCCUCGCCAACUCCUGGAUUGGUGAAAUACCCGAAGAUAAAGCCAAGUACAUUCUCAGUUACACCGAGUUCGGCUGCCUCCCCAUCAGCUCUCUCUAUAAAGCGCCACAGACCGACUGGAUCCUCACCACCUUUUUUGACAUCGUUCUUGGUAUCGAGGACCCGGGUAAGUUGAUGGUUCCAGAUUUCUGCCUGGAUGCUGCUGUGGAAACAGAGAAGGAAGGAGAUUUCUUCAGCGUCUUCUUCUGAUUCGACUUCUUCAUCCUAUUAAUGAACAGUCACGCCUAACAUACAUGUGAUCACUGUUUAAAAUAAACCAGAGCUUCAGAAGUCA